AUGUUGAGGCCAACCGUCGCCUUUUUCGUUCUCUCGCUUCACUCCGGCGCGCGUGCACAGCCGUCGUACGCAGCGCCGAUGAUCAAGCAGGUCGUCACCGCCGCGCGUUCGCGGCCUCCAAUUGUCACCGACAAGGUGACCACGCACAGCUAUCAGACCAUGUACGGCAUGUUCCUGGUGCCGCUAUACUAUUCCACGCGCUCGCAGUUCCGGAGGAUGAAGAUGCUGGAGAUUGGGCUUGGGUGCGACCAGAACUACGGUCCCGGCGCGAGCGCCAAAUUAUGGCGAGAUCUCUUCGCUGAUAUGGAGCUCUGGAUGGCCGACACUGACGCGGCGUGCGUGAGCAAGCACAACUCGAGUAUGUGGAAGGAUUUUGGCAUCCGCACGCUCGUGGGCAAUCAGGCGAACAAGCAGACGCAGGCCGAAUGGGUGAGAGAAGCGGGCGACGACUUCGACGCCAUCAUCGACGACGGAGGCCACACAAACGGCCAGAUCCUCUCUACGUUCCGUGGGCUCUGGCCGUCUGUCAAGCGAGGAGGGCUGUACUUCAUCGAAGACAUGCUGGUCGGGCGGCACCCGAAGUACGACGACACGAAGGGCGACGCGAUCAUGUCGGACGUCAUCCAGUCGUGGAUCGAACAGCUGACCGUCAACCCAAGAACGCCCAAGGCCCUGGUCCCCGACUGGGGCACGGUCAACUGGGACGCGACCGCCUCCAAUCGCCACGCUUUUGACCUGCGAAAGCGAUUUCCGUUGCCGCAGCACGUCAACUUCAUCUUCUGCCAGCGCGAGGCGUGCGUUAUCGGCAAGCAAGAGGCGGUGGAAGCCGCCUCGGCAGUGGCGCCCUCGCUCGCAGCUCCCCUACCCGCUGAACGACGCCUGGCCCGCGCGGACUAUGCGGCCGCCCUGUCCGCCGCCGGAAGCUCAGAGGGCGCCGCCCGCGAUGAUGCGGCGGCGGCCAUUGCGCACUGCGACUGGCUCAUCGCUCGCUGCGAUGCGCGCGAGCAGCCGCCGCUGUUGCUGGGUUUGGGUGGAGAGGAACCCUUGCCUAGGCAGGCGGAGAGGCUCUCGGGCGAGCUGACCCACCGUGAGGUGGUGACGCUCGCAGACGGCGACGACGUCAGACUCCCACCCGCCGCAUUCCUGUGCGCUGUGGUGACGAACUACAAUUUUUUUGCGCCGUGGGCGUGGCCCGAUAACGCCGCGCUCAGUCAUUCUCUCCUGUGA